AUGUCCUCGUCGAGUUCAUCUUUUACCUCGUCUUCACUCGGCCGUCCGCCAACCUACAGUCGUUCCUACACCAGUCCCGUCGAUUCUACUUGGACGCCAACUUCGGGCAUCUCCAUUGCUUCUGCGCCGUCGUCCAUCGGAGGCUCCUUUGUGCCUCGCUCCAGUCUGCGUCCUCUCGACAUUGGCCCCCCGGGCUUCCAAGCCACCAUAACCCUCUUUCAAGACACACCAGAAGAGCGGACGGUAUAUCUCGGCCCCUGGGAAGUGGUCGGAUCCGAGCAGCGCCGGGUGCUAUGGCAAUGUAGCUAUCAGAACGAGCUCCUCGAGCAUUACUUGCCAUCCGAUGUGCCCGCGGAAGUCUUCCCGCACACACUGCAUUCGCGCCACAGGCAGUACCACGAUCCCUCCGACAUGGAGCGCUACGUCACAUUCACCGAACCGCAUCGCAUACGAUAUAUUUCUGACGAAGGUGUCUGCAUCCAUGAUCAGUACAUCACGGUGCGAUACGAAUUCACUUCUGUAGACGGCUCAUUCCUCUUCCAGGGUGACGUGCGCCGAAAGGACUUGAUAGACUUUUAUGACGUCGACGUGGUUUGGACGAAUGUACACGGCCGUACCGACAGCUAUGGAAAAGUAAAGGGCAUUGGCGCAAUUCAGCGACUCAAGAUAUGGCGUGAUAGAUACACGACCUGCCACUCGCUGUCGGUGCUUGCCAACAAGACUGGCGGUUCAUACCGAGAAUACGAUGUGCAUACCUUUGAGGGGGAGCUCCGCGGAAGGGAGGACCGAGCGAAGCAAGUGCGGCUUGUAGUUCACGGUCGUCGAGGAAGUGCGCCGGAGAGCUCUCGGCGCUCACUUGCGCAGCGGAUACGGCCACGAAGGCCAUCGACAGACACCAGCGAUCUCGAUAUCCGAUAUCUGAGUAUCCAAUUCACUCACGGCGAGGGGUAUCGGCGGUUCCUGGAAACUUGGUUGUAUGCACACAGCUCUGAUCGCGAGUUCAAUGGGGUGCCAUUUCCACCGCACCACUUUGAGCUGCCAUCACCGCAAAUUCUCCCUGAUCAAGAAAACGAUGCAUCACAUGGGCAGCUGGGAUCUGUUCCUGAGCGGCCAGACGGAUGA